AUGACCCCAAGGAAAAGACCAGCUCAAACACCAGUGUUGGGCCCCCAAGACAGGCAUCCCCGGCCAGCACUCCCCCCUAAAGAGCCCCUGGCUGAGUCCAAGCCCUUGGACCAUGACACAGUUCCCAGCACACACACACUCUAUAUUGGCAACCUGAACCCCCAAUUCUCAGCACCUGUGCUGGCCUGCCUGCUGCGAGACACCCUAGAGCAGCUUGAGCUGCCCGUGGCACGGGAGCACAUUGACGUGGUGAGGCGGCCGAGGAAUGCCUAUGCAUUGGUGCAGGUAACCACACAGAAGGCCACCCUGGCCUCCCUCCCCUGGCGUCUGCAGAUGGCCUUGGAGAAGCAGCUGAUCCUCAAAGAGCUGACGGCUCGUGGGAAGGAACUGGUGCUGAGUGAAGACUCAGUGCCCCUAAACCACAGAGGGCAGGAGGAGGACAGUGGUCCUAGCCCAGGUCCCAGCCCUGGCCCCAGCCCCAGUCCUGGAUUCAGCCUCCCACCAUCAGCCUGGCCGGCCAACUUCUCACCUAACCUGGACUGGGCCAGGCCAGGGCAUAUUCCCCAUAACCGGCCUAGUGGUGUGCGAUCUGAUAGUGCCAUUGAGCAUCAGGAAAUUCAAGGCCAGGAGCGACUCUUCCAGGGUGCCUUCCUGGGCAGUGAGACACGGAACAUGGAAUUCAAGCGGGGAAGCGGCGAGUAUCUGAGCUUGGCCUUCAAGCACCACGUGCGGCGCUACGUGUGUGCUUUCCUCAACAGUGAGGGUGGCAGCCUGCUUGUGGGUGUUGAAGACACUGGCCUGGUGCAGGGCAUCCACUGCAGCCACCGUGAAGAGGACCGUGCCCGCUUGCUGGUGGACUCCAUCCUUCAGAAUUUCAAGCCCCAAGUCUUUCCUGAUGCCUACACCCUCACCUUCAUCCCUGUCAUCAGCACCUCCACCAAGAGCAUGCCUCUCAAGGUGCUCCGCCUAACUGUGCACACCCCCAAGACCCAGGGCGAGCCACAGCUGUAUGAAACAGACCAGGGGGAGGUGUUCCUGCGGCGUGAUGGGAGCAUCCAGGGCCCACUGUCGGUCACGGCCAUCCAGGAGUGGUACAGGCAGAAGUGGACAGCAGUACUGGGCAAGCUGGAGGAGAAGGUGAAGGUGCUGAUAGCGGAAAAGGAGCAACUCCAACAGCAGCUGCAGCUGCAGCAGCAUAACCGUAUGUCAUGCACCUGCUGUGUCCUGUGA